AACUUUUAGUUCUCGUGGAAACUGUGCCCUGCCCUUUGCAAUCGACGUCGACUAUGUGUAUUGUAUAAAUUAAUACAAAAUCACCGAUUGAUCAUUAAUAGGUAUAUCUUGAUAUUCAAACAACGAUCAAUUCUCAGUAAAUUUCUUCUCUUUGUGAAUCAUACUACUUCCUUAUGUCUCAUAACGAUCUACCGGUUUCUAUUCAACCAGAGGUUGAGGACGAAGAAGAGAGCUUGAAGUACCUAGACAUAGUGCAAAAAACAGCAGAAAAUGCAGUUCCUUAUGUAUCAAAGGCCUAUGAUUACGCUAAGGACAACAGUGGGACCCUCAAACCUAGCAUGGAGACAACAGAGGGUACUCUCAAGACUGUUUUUGACCCUGCUGUUGAUACGUUUCAUGAUGUCCCUGUUAACGUCCUAAAGUUUUUCGAUCGUAAGAUUGCCGAAUCUGUUAGCAAAGCCAAGUCUAUUAGUGUGGCUUCUGACACAAAGAAUGACGUAGGUGUGGUGGAAACGGCAUCUGGACUCGCAAAAACUGCGUACACCGAGAUAGAGCCGACUGCGAAAGAAAUGUUAGUGAAAUACGAGCCUGUUGCAGAGGAACAUGCUGCUUCAGCUUGGCAAUCUGUUAACAAGGUGCCACUCUUCCAUGGUGUAGCUAACGCGGUUAUACCAACAGCAGGUUACGUUUCUGAGAAGUAUAACCAGACUGUGCAGCAAACAAGUGAGGAAGGGUACAAGGCUUCUUCAUAUCUUCCAUUGGUGCCCACUGAAAAGAUUGCCAAGGUAUUCAAGGCUCCUGAUCAAGAAGAAGAAGAAGAAGAAGAAGAAGAAGAAAAAGAACGGGUGGUUCACAGUGGAGCCGAAGGAGCUGUGCACGGUGAUUAAUAUCAAUACCCAAUGAUGAUUAUGAUGUUUGCAGAGAUUGAAUACAGUAAAUGCUUGUUUUGGUUUAUUUGGCAAUGUGUUUUCGUACUCUGUCAAAUACCUAGCUAAAAUGAUCGCCUCAAUGUUGUUAUUAACACCGUAGAGACUACAAGAUCAGGAUGUAGUGAUCGUAGAGAUCAUGCAUGUUGCUAAUAAUACAUGUUUAUAUAUGAUGAACAUAUGUAUUUAAUUAUUUUUCUUAUUAAUUAUUAUUUGUGUA